AUGGGACUGAACAAGUUGAUCAAAGAAUCCCCGAUCGCGAGCUAUGGGAAGGCCAUCCGUAGCGCUCCUCGAGAAGUCAUCUUCAACCGACAAUUACUUCUUUCAUGUGUUUUGUAUGCUAUGAGCGCAAUAACCGCCACGUGGGACCAAGGUUCAGCAUCCGUUGUCCCGUCACUCCCAGGGUUCCAAAAGCACUUUGGUAUUACCUCCGGAACCGAUGCCAAGCAGAUACGUACCUUCAUUACUAUCAUCUAUCCUGGAUAUGCCGUCGGUGCCGCGCUAUCUUUCUUCCUCAAUGACCGGAUCGGUCGUCUGUGGUCGUUUCGUCUAUAUACCCUCAUCUGGACUAUUGGUCAACUCGUGGCCUGUUUCUCACCCGGUCUGGCGGGAUUGUGGGCGGCACGCAUCAUAUCAGGACUUGGAAUUGGAGCGCUCACAGUGACGGGUCCGAUGGCGAUUUGUGAAUUGGCCCCAGCGGAGAUCCGCGGCCUUUUGACUGCCUGGUUCAACGUCGCCAUGGGGAUUUCGCUGGUGAGCUCUAUCUUCUGCGUUCUAGGCGUUUAUCAACACAUCCCGACAAGCAAGCUGCAAUUCCAGGUCGUGUGGUUCUCACCAUGCAUCUACAUGGCCCUUUUGGUCGCUGCGAGUGUCUUCCUUUGCGAAUCACCUCGAUGGCUUUUCAUGGUCGAUAGACAUGAAGAGGCCGCUAAGGUCUUGGUCCGGAUCAGAGGGCUGCCCGCUACACAUCCACGCGUGCAACUUGAGCUGAGAGAAAUCGAAGAUUCAAUCCGCCGGGAGAAGGAGCUUUAUCAUUCGGACGGUCUAGCCGGCAUCAUCAAGGAGACUUUCACAGUGCCAUCGAACUUGCGCCGUGUUCAACAGUCUCUGGUGUCUUAUGGACUUGCACAGCUAUCUGGAGCCAACUCGAUCACUUCAUACUUUGUACCCAUCCUAAGUCUUAUGGGUCUUGGUGGAGGUCCCACUCGAAGUAUGUUCCUGAGUGGAAUGUAUGGACUGUCGAAGCUGUUCUUCACUUUGAUUGCCUCGUUUUUCUUCAUUGACGCAUUAGGUCGCCGGAAAUCAUUGUUCGUUGGCACGUUCUUACAACUUAUCUCAGAUAUUUAUGUCGGUGUGUAUAUCAAGUAUAAGCAGGAGAGUACCGUGUCCGGCUCCGCAUCCCAAGGCGCAAUUGCAUUCAUCUUCAUCCAUGCAUUUGGUUAUGCUGUUGCAUGCCUUCUCAUCCUCCCAUAUGUCUUCGGCGCGGAACUCUGGCCAAACCGUAUCCGAUCCUUUGGCGGUGCUCUCUCCGCCUGUUUUCACUGGCUUUUCAUCUACGCAUUCCAAAGCGGUCUGCCAUCUCUUCUUUCUCAGACUGAUAACUGGGGAGCCUUUAUCUUCUUCGCUGGAUGGUGCUUCAUUGCAAUGAUAUAUGUCUACCUCAUGGUGCCUGAGCUAUCAGGUCUCAGCGUUGAGGAGAUCGACCACCUUUUCCAGGGCCCGUGGUUCAAUGCAUACAAACGCUCAAGGAAGACGCACGUCAUUACCAGUGAACAGACAGAUGAUUUGGAGGCUAUCUCGCACGAGACCAGCAAAGCUGGGGUGACAACGAAGGAGUGA